AUGGUCGAUCGUGUUAUGGUGUACAACAAGGUAUCCUCUGCCCUCUUUCGCCUCAAUUCCCAUGAAGCUGUGGCCGAACGAAUCGUUCGUCGGCUCCAUACUGAUGGGGCGAGGCGCACGUCGACACCGGCAGAGCCAAGGAGUAGUGCCUGGGACCGAUCGGCGGCAGCGGAACUUUCGGAGGCUAAUGGCUGGUACGGUCAGCCGUGUGGCGUGUCGGUGUUGCUGUGUCUGCGCCAUCCUCGACAUAUCUUGAUGGCUGAAUGCGCUACUGCGGCAAUGACUACUGCUGCUGCUGUUGCUGGUCCUCCUCCCCCUCCUCCUCCUCCUCCUCCAGGCCGACAUGGCAUUGCUUCCCCGCCGCUAGCACGCACAGAAUGA